AUGCCCAUUACGGAGACAUAUCAUGACCAUGAAAAACAACAGUGGGGAUUUGCCGGUAUUUCCACCUUCACCCAUCUCCAGCAUGUUAGAUGUCUCCUUGAGCCUGAUGAUCCAUACGACAUAGCCAUCCUCGGCACCCCCUUCGAUAACGCAGUCUCCUACCGCCCAGGGGCCCGCGCAAUCAGGGCUGCAAGUGCCCGUCAGAUCCCCGCAAACAGCUACAACAUCCAUGCCGGCAUAAAUCAAUAUCUAAACUGGGCCCGCAUUCUCAACUGUGGCGAUAUCCCCGCCAACCCUUUUGACAAUGGCCUCGCAAAGCGGCAGAUAUACGAAGCCUUCCUGAAACUCGCGACGCGUGACGUUCCAAACCCCAUCCGGGGUAUUUCCAUCAUCCUCCCAGCGCUGCGUGCCUCGUCCAAAAUCUACGGAAAACUCAUCACAGUUCUUCACUUCGAUGCACACCCCGACACCGGGAACCCAAUAUGGUACUCCGCGUUCUGGACCUCGGACCAUUCUCGGUUCAACCACGGCAGCUUCUUCCACACGGCCAGUCUCGAGGGAUUGAUUUCCAACACCAGCUCUGCACACGCUGGUCUCCGCACGCGCCUGACCGGUCUGGAUGAUGGUGAUUAUUCAAACCCGGGACCCGAGCAGGGAUUCCUGCGCAUCCAUGCUGAUAAUAUCGAUGAUAUCGGCGCCCAUGUCUGGACAUUGACGUGCUGGAUCCUUCUAUCACCCCUGGAACUGGCACGCCGGACCCUUGGGGGGCGGGUUGGAUGCGGGAUUGAGAAGUUGAAUCUUGUUGAUGCUGAUAUUGUGGAAGUCUCACCUAUCUAUGAUAAUGUUGCGGAGGGGACUGCGCUUGCGGUUGCGCAGGUUGCGUUUGAAAUUAUGUCAAGUAUGGUUAAGUUGGGGGCUAAGGAGGAUGUGGGGUAG